AUGUCUCUUGAGCAAUGCAAAUGCUUACCGCGAUCAUAUGCUCCAGUAGCUGUAGUAGGUUCACCAGCACCGACGCCGGAAGAGGAAGAUAUGUUCAUCUGUCCCACCGACGCAUCCAGAGUGGACCCCACAACUGAGACCGAGGGACAUUGGAGUCCAGCAGCCUCAUCACCUUUCUCCUCUUCCCGUUUCCGGAGACAUGCCUGCUUGGGAUUCAUGUUUCUCUCGCGAACUUGUUGCUCAAGCUUGGUGAUGAGGGUGACGGCCUGUUGA